UCCCUUUUCUGUAAGUGGGAACAGCGAGACUCCAGAGUUUGGUAACCUGUCCCGGUCCCCUGCUGGUAGGGGUGGUCAGCCUUAAAGCUGAAGCUUAAAAUCACCCACCAUGAGGGCCAAGGACCCCAGGAGGCAAGGGGGUCUUUGGAGAGAUCAGAGAUUGUAAAGAAGCGGGUGAGAGCAGGCAAGUGUGGGUUCAGGACCCACCAGGGCUUUGGCUGUUCAGGCAGUGGGAGAGAGAAAGCUGACUCCAGCUCCUUGCUGGGAUUGGCAGGCAGCUCUAGCCCAGGCCCCUGGGGCUGACUCCUGGGCACAGAGGUGAGGACCAAAGGCUGGGGAUAUGGGAGUGGGGACAGGAGGUGCCCCAGCAGUGACUUCCCAGAGCUUGGUUCCAUCCCCCACAUCUGCCAAUUCCAGGUGGCCUCAGUGAGAUACUCCCCCAACCCUUGGGGGGCUCCCUUGAGUGCUGAGCCCUAGGGCCAGGCUGUCUCCUGGGGCGGAGAUAAGAGGGCCCUUCCCAAUCCAGUAAUGGGCCUGGGAGAUGCCAGGAGAUUAGUGUCAUGCCUGUCCGAAGAGGUGGGCCAGUUGAUGCCCAGGUCGGGGCCAUGCCGCUGGCCACACUGGGCUGCAGUCCGGUCAGAGACUAGAAGGUUGCACUCAGCGGCAACCCCUCUCUGGCUCCACUGCCACCCACCGCCCGGGGCCAGCCAGGAUUGGGGAGCCGGGGCGGCGGCAGUGACCACAGCUCCCCAGGAGGCCCCAGCCCGGCCUCUCCAGGCGAGCAGUGGAGUUGGCCAGGCACCGGGCCGCGCCAUGCGCAGCACCACGCUACUGGCCCUGCUGGCGCUGGUCUUGCUCUACUUGGUGUCUGGUGCCCUGGUGUUCCAGGCCCUGGAGCAGCCCCACGAGCAGCAGGCCCAGUGGGAGCUGGGGGAGGUCCGAGAGAAGUUCCUGAGGGCCCAUCCGUGUGUGAGCGACCAGGAGUUGGGGCUCUUCAUCAAGGAGGUGGCUGAUGCCCUGGGAGGGGGUGCGAACCCAGAAACCAACUCGACCAGUAACAGCAGCCACUCAACCUGGGACCUGGGCAGCGCCUUCUUUUUCUCAGGGACCAUCAUCACCACCAUCGGCUAUGGUAAUGUGGCUCUGCGCACAGAUGCUGGGCGCCUCUUCUGCAUCUUUUAUGCACUGGUGGGGAUCCCGCUGUUUGGGAUCCUGCUGGCAGGGGUCGGGGACCGGCUGGGCUCCUCCCUGCGCCGUGGCAUCGGUCACAUCGAAGCCAUCUUCUUGAAGUGGCACGUGCCACCGGAGCUGGUGAGAGUGCUAUCAGCGAUGCUCUUCCUGCUGAUUGGCUGCCUGCUCUUUGUCCUCACGCCUACGUUCGUGUUCUGCUAUAUGGAGGACUGGAGCAAGCUGGAGGCCAUCUACUUUGUCAUAGUGACGCUCACUACCGUGGGCUUCGGUGACUAUGUGGCUGGCGCUGACCCCAAGCAGGAGUAUCCAGCCUACCAGCCGCUGGUGUGGUUCUGGAUCCUGCUUGGCCUGGCCUACUUCGCCUCGGUGCUCACCACCAUCGGGAACUGGCUGCGAGUAGUGUCCCGCCGCACACAGGCACAGAUGGGCGGCCUCACCGCGCAGGCUGCCAGCUGGACCGGCACAGUGACGGCGCGGGUGACCCAGCGAGCUGGUCCCCCCGCACCGCCUCCACAGAAGGAGCGGCCACUCCUGCCUCCACCUCCCUGUCCCGCGCAGCCGGUCGGCAGGCCCCAAUCCCCCGCGCCCCCAGAGAAGGUCCAGCCGCCUUCCCCGCCCACGGCCUCGGCCCUGGACUACCCCAGCGAGAACCUGGCCUUCAUCGACGAGUCCUCGGACACGCAGAGCGAGCGCAGCUGCGCGCUGCCCCGUGCGCCGCCAGGUCGCCGCCGCCCCAACCCCGCCAGGAAGCCUGCGCGGCCCCGAGGCCCCGGGCGUCCCCGAGAGAAAGGCGUGCCCGUGUAGGGGCGGGAUCCCCGGCCCGGGCUUCUCUAAGGGCUUGUUCCUCCUCUCUCCCCGGCAUGCUUGGCUUGUUUUACCAAAGAGCCCUCUGUCAAUGUGAUUGAAACCUGGGGAGGAGGCUACGGGUUGCCACUUUGCUACCCCCUACACCCCCAUCCUCGCUCCCAUCCAUUUCCAGAGCCCCCAAGGCUUUCUGUUUCGCCUCCCUGGCCAGGCCUGUCCCUCACAACACCUCACGAGUGUGCCUCGAAACCUGCAUUAAUAAACGAAAACAGUCUGCACCGCUGCGGGCGUGA